AUGCCUAAAAGCGUCGAUAAAGCCGAAUCUCGAAUGCUCGAGGCCUACACAGCGGCCAAACGCGAACAAAAGCCCAAUGUCUCCAAAAUUGCGCGUGAAAACGGCGUAUCUCGACGAACCUUCCAUAACCGCGUCGAGAACGGCAUGCAGGCUCACACAUGCAGAAAACCGGUCUACAAGGCCCUCAAAGGAUACCAGGAGGAGGCUUUGAAGCAGUGGGCUGCUCCGAAAAGCGGCAAGGUCCGAGCACUCAAACGGAAAUGGAAAGCCAAGAAGUGGCAGAGGAAAUCCGCUACGUAG